UUUGACGCCACCAGAAACGGACAGAGAGGGAGAAGAAAAGAAAAAAGAGAGGAGGAGAAAAAGGGAAGAGCUAUUGUUUCUGUGAAGGUUAAAACUGUCCGGAUUAAAAAUAAAAAGUGAUCCAGCACCAUGCUGAGGGCCUGUCUGAGGGGAGCUAACGCCACUGCCCGGACGAACUUCAGGAGAUGUCGUCCAAACAACCUGCAGCAAUGCAGACACUACACUGCUGGAGAGCCCAGCGGUGGAGCUGCUAAAGUUGUAGCUGCUGGUCUGGUGACGGUGGGUGGGGGUGUUGGUGGAACGAUCCUCUACGCUAAGUGGGACCACAAGUUCAGAGCCACUGUGGAGAAAAACGUCCCGUACUCUGACCAGCUGCUAGGCCUGGCUUUAGGACCGCCCCUUCAAGAUGUCCGCUCUGAGAAACAGGUGGAGGUGGCCCAGCCUCCCUCCAUGAUGGAUAAAAAGGUGAAGACGUCCAAAUCAAAGUCAGAGAAGAAAGUCAAGGAGGAAGCAGCAGAGACCAGUCCUGCAGCACCCGUACAGAGUCUGGAGGAGGCUUCAGCAGAGGCGACUCACAUCAUCUCAGCCAUGGGUGAUGCUCCAUCAGUCCCUGCUCCCUGUGACACGGAGGCAGCAGCAGUCAAAGAGGAGUGUGCCGAGUGCCAUCACCAUGACGACAGCACAGUGUCAGCGGCUGUUCAGCCUGAAGCUACGGCUGCUGAAGCUGAACCUCUGAGAGAACGACCAGAAGAAGAAGUGACGGCCAGACUGGCUCUGCAGGACCAGCAGGAGCAGGACGUGCUCGCAGCGGUGUCUGUCAGUCUUGAGGACUCUCUAGCAAGCUCGGCUAAAGCGACCCUGCAGGCGAUAGGAGCUCAGGAGGCAGCUCUGCAGGCCGUCACACGACACACACUCAGACUAAAGGAGGCCAUGGAGGCAGAGGUUCCCCCUCAGGAGAAGUCUGCUCAGUGGAAAGAUCUGGAAGUUUCUCUGGCUGACAGAAACUCUGCUGUGGACGACGCUACAGCUGCUCUGUCCAAGGCCAAUGAGGCGUUGGACGGUCUGAAGUCGGUCAUCGAUGAGUCUAAAGGGCUGAAGGUCUCAGCUGUGCGUCCACUGGUUUUAGCAGCAGAGGAGAAUCUCCACAACAUGGUGGUGGACCUGGACAAAGCUGUUACCAAGAAGCAGACCGCAGAGUCGGAGGCUAAGAUCGUAUCUCAGUACAGCGAGCUGGUGAAUGAAGCUAAACUUCAGUUCCAGAAAGAAGUUAGCAGCCUGACUCCAGAGAUCCAGGCCAACUGGAAGUCCCUGACUGGUAAACUGUCACCUGACGACCUGAAUGCUCUGAUCGCUCACGCUCACCGUCGCAUCGACCAGCUGAACAGAGAGCUGGCGGAGCAGAGGGUCAGAGAGCAGAUCCACAUCGACUCGGCACUGGAGCAGCAAAAACUGGAGGACCAGAGAGCCCUGGAGAAGGCUGUCAGCACGUCCCUGCAGCACGUCAGGGAGGAGGCCCGGCUGGAUCAGGAGAGAAAGCUGUCUGAGCUCAGGGAGGUGAUGGAGGCGGAGAUGCGGACUCAGCUGCGGCGUCAGGCGGCUGCUCACACAGACCACGUCCAGGAUGUCCUUAAAGUCCAGGAGGCGGAGCUAAAAGCUGAUGCAGAGCAGGUGCUGAGCAGUAAGAUGUUGGAGCAGGAGACUCGUUUCCGUCAGCUGAGUCAGGAGCAGCUGGACAACUUCACUCUGGACAUGAACACAGCAUAUGCACGACUGAAGGGCAUGGAGGAGGCUAUCGACAGUCAUGUGAUCGCUGAGGAGGAGGCUCGUAAAGCUCACCAGCUGUGGCUCUCUGUCGAGGCUCUCAGCUACUCUCUGAAGUCUGCAGACACAGACUCCCCUUCCAUGCCUCUAGAGGGCGCCGCUCAGGCUGUGAAAGAAAGCUGCAGCGACAACGACUUCGCUCUGGCUCUGUCGUCGGCGUUCCCCCAGGAGUCCCUACAGCGAGGCGUGUACAGCGAGGCCUCGCUCCGCGCUCGUUUCAACUCCUUGAGAUCUCUGGCUCGCCGUGUCGCGCUCAUCGACGAAUCCCACAACUCCCUGUACCAGUACUUCCUGUCUUACCUGCAGGCCGCUCUGCUGUUUGAGGACAAACAGGCGGCCCCGCCCACCCAGCUGAGCGGCGAGGAUUUGGACCCGUUCAAGCUGCUGUCGUACGCAAGUUUCUGCUUGGAGCACGGCGACCUGGAGCUGGCAGCUAAACUGGUGAACCAGCUGAGAGGAGAGGCGCGCAGGGUGGUGGAGGACUGGCUGACCGAGGCCAGACUCACUCUGGAGACCCGGCAGGUCAUCAGUCUGCUGUCCGCAUACGCUAACGCCGUGGGCUUAGGAACCACGCAGGCUCCAUAGGACACCAUGUUAAAGGAACCAGCCAUCGUAAACCUGCGCUGUGUCGGACUGGCGCCCCCUGCAGGAGAGGGAGAGUCUUACACUCUGCAGAUUUCAGAGACUUGUUCCUUUAACAAAGCAAGCGAGGGAUGAUUUAAAGCACUAAGUCACUGUGGACGAGUCUGUAAGAAUAAUGAAGAAGCUCUUAGUGUAGUCGUUCUCAGGCUUCAGUUCAGAUAUUUAUUUGUGUUCAUGACCCUAACAUUGGUUAACACGCUCGUCAUGCUGCAUUUUAUUAUUGUCAAUACUGCACAUGUUACAAUAAAUCAUGAGAGGAA